AUGAUGGCUGCCCAGAAUGGCCACGCCCAUACACAGUGUGUGGCGGCCCUCUUGCCCGUCACCUCUCCCACUCCCGCACACCCCGAGGCACACACCCCGGUGCACCUCGCCAGUUAUUAUGGCCACGUGGAGGUACUGGAGCAGCUGGCAGGUGCUGGCUGGCCCCUCACCGCCAGGGACAGUGAUGGCAACACACCCAUGCACUCUGCUGCGGCCGGGGGUAGAGUGACAUGUGUGCAGUGGCUGGUGCAGCGAGGCGGUGACACAAGCAUGCAAAAUAAUGCUGGACACACCCCGCUUGACGAGGUAGGCAGUGCGGAGGGGCAGGAGGGUGGACGUAUGCAAACUGUCUUACGAUCUGGUUCAAAGUUUAACAGAUAG